GGGAGUGAGUGCCCCAUCCCAUCCAUUGUACCAUAGUUACAAUUACUACUACUACUACAAUGAGUGAUAUUAAAAAGUAAAAGGUAAAACACCUACUAUUCUUUUCUAUUAUUCUUUCCGAGUUGAAAUCUACGGACCAACAAGAACAAGCACCCGAUUCUUCUUUUGUUUCUCACACUCACACGCCUCACACACAGUCAUCAUCUGAGAAAGAGAAAGAAAAUUAGGGAAAAGAAAAUGAGCGAGGAGGCGAAAAAGAACAACAACAACCACAACCACAACAUAGGAGGAUCACCUCUAAUGGCGAAAUCCCUCUCCGAAGAUCGAAAGCCACUUGUUCCAUCACCGUUAUCCGCCGCUGCUUCUCCCGCACAACUACCACCGAAGAAAGUCAUUAUCAAAAGCGCCGAUAUGCUUCCCGACAUGCAAAAGGAAGCUGUUGAUAUCGCCGUCUCCGCUUUUGAGAGGCACAACGUAGAGAAAGAUGUUGCAGAGACUAUAAAGAAAGAGUUCGAUAAGAGGCACGGUCCUACCUGGCAUUGCAUCGUCGGUCGCAAUUUCGGUUCGUAUGUGACUCAUGAAACAAACCACUUUGUUUAUUUCUAUUUGGAUCAGAAAGCUGUUUUACUAUUCAAGUCUGGCUAGCCUCAUUCUGAUGGAGACAAAAAAGGUCUACGAGAAUUGUCUUGUGAUUAUGCUGCUAUAUUAACUCUUGUAUGUAUUAAAUCCGCUGGCACAAACUCUUUACAGGACAUUCUUGUGCUUGUAUAUCUAAUUUCAUGCAAAAUGGUUCUCAAGUUUGGAUAUGAAUUACAUUAUUGAUCUUUCUGCUUCUCUUAUGUUCAUUCCA